ACUUCUCAAAGCCUCGGUCCUGUGGCAGAGGCUGCGCUGCAGACAAGAAGGUUGUUUUGCGAGCUCGGUAAGAACCGUCCCCAUGCAUCUGAUGCUUGUACUGCUGGGCCUCGCUGCCCUCCUGGGUACAUCUCAGAGCCAGACUGGCUGCUACGGUGUUGUAAACAGAAUUGACACCACUGGGGCUUCAUGUGAAACUGCGAAACCAGAGAAAUUAAACUACUGCGGAGUUGCAGCUUCAAGAAUGAUUGCAGAAAGGGACCUACGAAGUAUGGAUAGAUAUAAAACUCUCAUUAAGAAAGUUGGUCAAAAACUGUGUGUCGAUCCAGCUGUGAUUGCUGGCAUUAUCUCUCGAGAAUCUCAUGCUGGCAAAGCGCUGAAGAACGGCUGGGGUGACAAUGGAAAUGGAUUUGGUUUAAUGCAGGUUGACAAAAGAUCACAUACACCUGUGGGAGAAUGGAAUGGAGAAAGACAUCUUACACAGGGCACAGAAAUACUUAUCUCAAUGAUAAAGAAAAUACAGAAAAAGUUCCCACGCUGGACGAAGGAACAACAGCUGAAAGGUGGGAUUUCUGCCUACAAUGCUGGUUCUGGGAAUGUCCGCAGCUAUGAAAGAAUGGAUAUUGGCACUACCCAUAAUGACUAUGCCAACGAUGUGGUUGCACGAGCCCAGUAUUAUAAGCAACAUGGAUACUAGACUUGGGAAUCUUCUUUACAGAGUAACUUCCUUACCUUGCAUGACACCCAUGAGGGAGACAAAACACAAGGGAAGAAGAUGUAUCCUGCAAAUCCGUAUUGAUGCAAAUUUACAGGAAUGAUUUACAUGAAUAAGAACUUGCAGACUAAAGCCUCAAAUUUUUAAAACAAUAUUCAGUAAAACACUGGUCAUGUAAUUCCUUUAAAAACAAUAUGUUUUGGAUUUAAAAAAAGUAGUAUUACCAGAAAGUUAAUAAUAUUUUGUGCUAUCUCUCUGUUUCUCUGAGUUAUGAGGACUAUCUUGUUGCGCUAUUGAUAAGUUGCUGCCUUCCAAAUCUUAAAACACAUUUAUGUCAAAAUCUGUCAUUCUCUUAAGAAAUCAAAACAAAAAAAAAUAGCUCUUUGGGGACUAGCUUAAUGAUUUGUUUUUCAAAACUGCUGGGUAUUUACACUAUAUUAUUGAGUAGUCAUUUUUUCUGAAUUUUAAUUUUUCAUAUAAAUGCAUAGAAUAGAGAUGGAUGUUUUCAGUCAGACAAAUAAUCAAACAGAAUUUGAAUAAAAGUGUUCUUAGCAAACGAA